CCCGCUCCUGCAGCGCCCUCCCCUCCUCCACCCCCACAACCUCCCACCGAACCCACAUACCAACGCCCGCCCAUAACCUCCCCGCGCUCCCUCCACCAACUCUCCAUCUACCUCCUCGGCAGCACCUGCCUCCUCCUCUCCACAACCCUAACCCGGCGCGCCAUCCACCGACGCCACAUCCGCCUCACGCCCUCCUACUUCGCCCCAAACACCAACCCACACGAGUACUUCAGCCCCUUCGCCGACGCGUGCCAGGCCUUCAACCUCGCCACCAUGAACUGUGCUAGUGUAGGCAUAAUGGCGCUGGGCGGCGUGAUGUGGGUGAGUGACAUAUCGAAUCUAGCGGAGGCGAGAAAGGUGCUUAGGGGACGGUUGGGGUAUGAGCGCAUUUAUGAGAGUGAGGAUGAUGUGCCGAAUUCGAUUUCGCAGAUGAUCAUGCAGGCGGGGGAGGUUAGGGUUAGGGAGGAAGAAGAG